GUCGCCACCAUGGGCUGCCGCUGCUAUACAACCACCGCCACACUCCCUCCUCAACCUCCGCCUUCCACCCUUCUCACCAAACUCCACCUCCACCGCCGCUCUCUUCUCUUUCUCUCCACCGCCACCACUUCUCUCUCUCUCCCUUCCCUCUCCACCGCCUCACCGCAGCAAAAACAACCCGACACCACCAUUACUGACCGCAUCUUCAUGGACUUCAGCAUCUGCCCUAGCUACUUCCAAAACAGAACCCUCGGAUCUGACCUCGCUCUCUGUCCCGAUGCAGAACCCGUCGGCCGGAUUGUUCUUGGCCUCUACGGCAACCUCGUCCCCAUCACCGUUUCCAAUUUUAAGUCCAUGUGCACCGGUGGAUCCGGGUACUAUAAAGGAACACUAAUACAGAAGAUAUUUCCGGGUCAGUUUUUCAUGGCGGGUCGGCAGGGGCGGAGAGAUAAAGGAGAAGUGAAGCCGCCGGUGGGUUUGGUUAGGAAUACGGAGAGUAUUGAUCCUAAAGCUUUCCAAUUAGGGCACUCGAAGGGCGGCGUUCUGUCGUUGUGUUUAUCGGAAAACGAUGAUGAUGAUGAUAUUAAACUUGAUCCAAAUUACCAUAAUGUGGAGUUCAUGAUCACCACAGGUCCAGGUCCUUGCCCUGAUCUUGAUGGAAGAAAUAUCGUUUUUGGUUCUGUUCUUGAAGGUAUGGACGUUGUGGCAAGCAUAUCUUCGAUUCCAACAUACAAACCAGGGGAAAGAAUCCGACAAUACAAUGAUUUGGCGGAGUUUUUUGGAGACGGAAGAGCUAAAAAUGCUCGUGCGAUAUGGGAUCGGCCCCAAAAGACACUUUAUAUCAGCAACUGUGGAGAGCUGAAAGUCACAAAGCCUACCCUGACCCCUUCACUACCUUAAGUCACUUCUUCAAUUCAUUGUGGUACACUUCAAAAUGCAUAUCAUGCCUUUUUGUUAUUAAUUCAUCAUUUAUGGUAUAAAUGUUAAGACUCAUAUCAUAAAUUAGCUGUUA